AUGGAGGAGGACAACCAGGACCAGGAGCAGCGGAGCAACAAGGUCCCCAGAAGACCAGCAGCAGACUGGGCCUCUGAUAGCAGCCAUGUUCAGGAGUCCUCAGAAGACGGCAAGCUGGCCACCGUAGCAGGAAAGGAGGAGGAGGAGGAGGAGGAGAAGGAGUAUGUGGUAAAGGAGGUUUUGGACCGCAGAGAGUGUCAGCACUGUGACAAAACCUUCACAGCAUCAGCACAUUUAAAGAUUCAUCAAAGAGUUCACACUGGAGAGAAGCCAUACAGCUGUGAUCAGUGUGGGGCAGCUUUCACACAACAGAGAACCCUAAAAAUACAUCAACGCAUUCACACUGGAGAGAAGCCGUACAGCUGUGAUCAAUGUGGAGCAGCUUUCACACAACAGAGUACCCUAAAAAGCCAUCAACGCAUUCACACUGGAGAGAAGCCGUACAGCUGUGAUCAAUGUGGGAAAAGAUUUUCUCGUGGUGAUGCCCUUAAAUCUCACCAGCGCAUUCACACUGGAGAGAAGCCGUACUCGUGUGAACAAUGUGGGGAAACUUUUUCUCGGAGUGAUGCCCUUAAAUCUCACCAGCGCAUUCACACUGGAGAGAAGCCGUACUGGUGUGAACAAUGUGGGAAAACCUUUUCUGAAGGUGGUAGCCUUAAAAAACACCAUCGCAUCCACACUGGAGAGAAGCCGUACUCGUGUGAACAAUGUGGGAAAACGUUUUCUAGGAGAGGUAACCUUAGAUCUCACCAGCGCAUUCACACUGGAGAGAAGCCGUACAGCUGUGAGCAAUGUGGGAAAAUGUUUUCUCAUAGUAGUAGCCUUGAAUCUCACCACCGCAUUCACACUGGAGAGAAGCCGUACUGGUGUGAACAAUGUGGGAAAACCUUUUUUCGUAGUGAUCACUUUAAAAAACACCAGCUCAUUCACACGGGUGAGAAGCCUUACAGAUGUGAUCAAUGUGGGGCAGCUUUCACACUACAGAACACCCUAAAAAGCCAUCAACGCAUUCACACUGGAGAGAAGCCGUACAGCUGUGAACAAUGUGGGGAAACGUUUUCUCGUGGUGAUAACCUUAAAACUCACCAGCGCAUUCACACUCGAGAGAAGCCGUACUCGUGUGAUCAGUGUGGGAAAACGUUUUCUCAAAGUAGUGCCCUUAAUUCUCACCAGCGCAUUCACACUGGAGAGAAACCGUACUGGUGUGAACAAUGUGGGAAAACCUUUUCUCAGAGUGGCAGCCUUAAAAAACACCAGCUCAUUCACACUGCCUCGUAGUGAACAUGUUUCAGAGCCAAGCUGUUUCCUCCUCCUCAUGCCCUGAUAGCUGUGUUGUUAUAUUCUGAUCUUCUCUCCACAUUGAAGGCUGACCAGCAGUAACUCUAUCUUCUGAACAGCAUGUAUGUUGUGUAUAAAAACAACCCCAGUACACUAGACCUUCACAUCAACUGCAACUAGACUCCUGCAAACAUGCCUAAGAUUCAAGGUGUUUAGCCUUGACUUUGACUAUAAAUAUGAGUUGAUGUGGACUCUCUCUUCAGCGCAUACCCACUU